AUGUUGCCAUCCCAAAUGGAAACUUCAGUUGACGUGUCUGAAGUGUUAUGUCAGGCUUUUUCAGAUGCAAUGCUACCUAUUGAAGAUGUCGAUAUCAAUGAUGGCAACAACCCAUUUCUGUGCAGUGAAUAUAUAAAAGACAUCUACAGUUACUUAAGACAACUUGAGACUGAACAGGCAGUGAGACACCACUACUUGGCAGGACAAAGGAUAACUGGAGGGAUGCGUGCUAUCCUGAUUGACUGGCUUGUGCAAGUUCAGAUAAAAUUUAAACUACUUCAAGAAACCAUGUACUUGACUGUAUCUAUUUUGGACCAAUUUCUUCAGAACAAUCUAGUAACUGCAAAGAGACUACAGCUUGUUGGUGUUACAGCAAUGUUGGUGGCUUCCAAAUAUGAAGAAAUGUAUCCUCCAGAAAUUGGGGACUUUGUCUUUGUUACUGACAAUUCUUACACUGGUGUCCAGGUACGAGAGAUGGAGAAGAUUUUGAAAAGGCUAAACUUUUCUCUUUGUCGGCCAAUUCCACUGCAUUUUCUGCGAAGAGCUGCCAAAGUUACAGAUGUUAGUGCUGAACAACAUAUUCUUGCCAAAUACCUGAUGGAACUAACUAUGGGGGAUUAUGAUAUGGUGCAUUAUCCCCCAUCCCUGAUUGCUGCAGCUGGCUUCCAUUUGGCUCAGACACUGUUAAGUUGCGGAGAAUGGUCCCCACUGUUGCGACACUACAUGGGAUAUGAAGAAGAUGAAUUGGUUCAAGUGAUGCAGCACAUGGCUAAGAAUGUUGUACAGGUCAAUAAUAGAAUCACUAAGCACAUGAGUGUUAAGCAUAAAUAUGCUGGAAGCGACCAAUUGAGGAUCAGCACCAUCUCUCAGCUGACAUCUCCCACAAUCUUGAACUUGUCUCAAUCCCUCCUCUACUUGAAACAUCAAUUUUCUUAA